AACAGUGUGGGGGGCAGGCUGGCACUAUGAUCUGAGCUGGCGCAUGCUCUUAACCAAGAUAAUUAUCCUUUUUGAUUAUUAAUUGGUUUUGAAGCGGAUACCAAUUCUCUCUUCUUUUCUCUUCUCCCCGGAGUACUGGCUGGAUUCACGGCAUUCAAAACCCUAAAGCUUGUCCUCCAUGGUUGUGGAACAAUUACCGUAGGGUUUCUCUGAGGAUCGACCAAUCGCUUUUGUUUCUCGUUGAAGAGAGAGACGGAGAGCUGCAAUGUCACGCCAAACGGCUACGGCUCAGUUCCACAAAUCCAAGACUCUCGAUAAUAAAUAUAUGCUUGGAGAUGAGAUUGGGAAAGGUGCGUAUGCUCGAGUAUACAAAGGUUUGGAUUUGGAGAAUGGAGACUUUGUUGCAAUUAAACAAGUCUCUCUAGAGAACAUUGCACAAGAGGAUCUCAAUGUUAUCAUGCAAGAGAUUGAUUUAUUGAAGAACUUGAAUCACAAAAACAUUGUGAAAUAUCUUGGGUCAUCAAAGACAAAGACUCACCUUCAUAUAAUUCUUGAAUAUGUUGAGAAUGGUUCACUUGCUAACAUUAUCAAGCCAAAUAAAUUUGGACCUUUUCCAGAAACUUUGGUUGCGGUUUAUAUUGCUCAGGUGUUGGAAGGCUUGGCUUAUCUACAUGAACAGGGAGUGAUUCAUCGAGACAUCAAGGGUGCAAAUAUCUUGACAACUAAAGAGGAGAACUGGUGGAGUUUGGGCACUAAGCAUUGUGUAGUUGGAACAUCUAUUGCUGCAGGUCUUGUGAAACUUGCGGAUUUUGGUGUUGCUACAAAACUAACUGAGGCUGAUGUUAACACGCAUUCGGUUGUUGGAACGCCGUACUGGAUGGCCCCAGAGGUGAUUGAAAUGUCUGGUGUUUGUGCUGCAUCUGAUAUCUGGAGUGUUGGAUGUACUGUGAUUGAACUUCUCACAUGUGUGCCACCUUACUAUGAUUUGCAGCCUAUGCCAGCUCUAUUUCGUAUUGUUCAGGAUGAGCAUCCCCCGAUACCUGAUAGGCUGUCUCCAGACAUUACUGACUUUCUGCGUCAGUGCUUUAAGAAGGAUGCUAGACAGAGGCCCGACGCGAAGACUCUGCUUUCUCACCCUUGGAUACAGAAUUGUAGGCCGGGUUUGCAAUCUACUCCUCGCCAUAGUGGAAAAAUUAGAAGUAUAAAGGAAUAUUGUGCAGCAGAUGCAGAAAGUUCUAAUGGAGAUAAUCAAAUUGCUGGAGAAAGUAUUCCUGUGGAGACAGGAGAGACAUCAGGAACUGCCUCCAGAAGGGCGCUAUUAUCAGUUGAUGUCACUGAUACAAGCAAAUAUGAUAAUGAACACUCUGCAAAUAAUUAUAAGGUUGCAGAGAGAACUGGUGAUUUAGAAGAUGAUCCUCUGUCAGAUCAAGUUCCCACAUUAGCCAUUCUUGAGAAGUCAUUAUUGCAGGCUGGUUCUUAUAGAUUAUCAGCGAAGGAAGUGCUAGUGACUGCCACAGAUGCAAUUGAGCUGGCACAUCCAGGUGACCCGGAUGGUAUACUGAUGAAUGGUGAAGUUGGAUCCCCUGAAUCAAGAACAAAGCCUGUGGAUGAAAAUCUUGGAGGCAAAGGUAGUUUGAUCAGUGUUGAAAGUAAAUCAUCUGGCUUAGGACCCAGAACUCCAGAUACUAAUCUGCGAAAGAGUACCAAAUCUCCAGUGUCAUUGGGUGGGAAUGAGUUGAGUAGAUUUAUGGAUACACCUGGAGAUGCUUCCUUAGAUGACUUAUUUCAUCCUUUGGAUAAAAACCUAGAGGAAAGAACAGCUGAAGCUUCAACAUCUGCAUCCACAUCCCAAGUGAACCAAGGCAAUGUAACUGAUGUUGGGAAAAAUGACCUGGCUAAAAAGUUGAGGGACACAAUCGCCAAGAAACAAAUGGAGGAUGAAAUGGGGCAGUCAAAUGGUGGCGGUAACCUUUUACGCUUGAUGAUGGGUGUUUUGAAGGAUGAUGUAAUUGACAUUGAUAAUUUGGUUUUUGAAGAUAAAUUGCCUGCUGAAAACCUGUUUCCACACCAGGCUGUUGAAUUUAGCAGAUUAAUUGGUUCAUUAAGACCAGAGGAGUCAGAGGAAGCAAUUGUGUCUGCCUGUCAGAAACUUGUGCAUAUCUGCCACCAGCGCCCUGAACAGAAGAUUGCUUUCAUUACCCAGCAUGGUUUGCUUCCUCUAUUGGAAUUGCUUGAUGUUCCAAGAACUCGUGUUAUAUGUUCAGUGCUUCAACUUAUUAAUCAUAUUGUAAAAGAUAACACUGAUUUCCAGGAGAAUGCUUGUCUUGUUGGCUUGAUCCCUGUUGUAAUGAGUUUUGCGGGGCCUGAUCGUCCUCGAGAAGUUCGAAUGGAGGCAGCAUAUUUCUUGCAGCAACUUUGUCAGUCAAGCUCUUUGACAUUGCAAAUGUUCAUAGCAUGCCGUGGAAUACCAAUUUUGGUGGGCUUUUUAGAGGCUGAUUAUGCAAAAUACAGGGAAAUGGCUCAUCUAGCUAUUGAUGGCAUGUGGCAGGUCUUUAAGCUUCAACGAUCAACCCCGAGGAAUGAUUUCUGCAGGAUAGCUGCAAAGAAUGGGAUACUGCUUAGGCUUAUAAAUACUCUUUAUAGCUUGAAUGAGGCAGCUCGGCUGGCAUCAGUUGGGGGUGGAUAUACAGGAGAUGGUUCAUUUCAACGACAACGCUCGGGUCAUCAGGAUUCUAGUUUUCCUCUGUUUGAGCCACCAGUGUCUUUGGCUGAUCAGUCUAUUUCCUUCUCAACUGGAGUGCAAGAACCUUCACGGGCUUCGACUUCACAUUCCCAGAGGUCUGAUGGCAAUUUAGCAGAUUCUCAUUCCAUAUCUAUUGAUAAUGAUAGACCUCAAUCUAGCAAUGUAGCAUUGGAUAUCUCCAUUGGUUCCAAAUUAUCAGAUCCAACAUCCUUAAAUAAAGUUGCAAAUUUAGCAACAAAGGAGUCCUCUGUGCACAGAUUAUCUGUAGACAGGCCCUCUAAAAUGAUAGAAGCUGCAUCAAAUGGGUAUCCUACUUCAGUAACUACACAGUCUGAUCAAGUUCGACCUCUGCUUAGCUUGUUGGAGAAGGAACCCCCUUCCAAACGGUUCUCUGGUCAGUUGGAAUUUAUGCGCCACCUUCCGGGACUUGAGAGACAUGAAAGCAUACUUCCUCUAUUACAUGCUUCUAAUGAAAAGAAAACCAAUGGUGAACUGGACUUCUUGAUGAGAGAAUUUGCAGAGGUCUCUGCUCAUGGAAGGGAAAAUGGAAAUCUUGAUUCAAUGCCGAGAAUUUCUCAUAAAACUGUGAAUAAGAAGGUUGGGCAAGUGACAUAUACCGAGGGAGCAGCUUCUUCAUCUGGUAUGGCGUCACAGACAGCGUCAGGUGUGCUAUCUGGUUCAGGUGUUUUAAAUGCUAGACCUGGAAGUGCAACAUCAUCUGGAUUACUUGCCCACAUGGUAUCAACAAUGAACACAGAUGUUGCUAAGGAAUACUUGGAGAAGGUGGCAGACCUUCUGCUUGAGUUUGCUCAAGCAGAUACAACUGUCAAAUCAUACAUGUGUAGCCAAAGUUUGCUUAGCCGUCUUUUUCAGAUGUUCAAUCGUAUUGAACCUCCUAUUCUUUUAAAGACUUUGAAGUGUAUUAAUUACUUAUCCACCGACCCAAAUUGCUUGGAGAAUCUUCAGCGGGCAGAUGCAAUUAAGUAUUUGAUUCCAAAUCUUGAACUCAAAGAUGGACCUCUUGUAUCUCAAAUACAUCAUGAGGUUCUUCAUGCACUUUUCAAUCUCUGCAAAAUAAAUAAGAGGAGACAGGAGCAAGCAGCAGAAAAUGGAAUAAUUCCACACUUAAUGAACUUUAUAAUAUCAGAUUCUCCUCUGAAACAAUAUGCGUUGCCACUAUUGUGCGACAUGGCCCAUGCAUCACGUAAUUCAAGGGAACAACUGAGGGCCCAUGGCGGGUUGGAUGUAUACCUGAGCCUACUUGAUGAUGAGGUCUGGUCUGUAACAGCAUUAGAUUCAAUAGCUGUUUGCUUGGCUCAUGACAAUGACAAUCGCAAGGUGGAACAAGCAUUGCUGAAGAAAGAAGCAGUUCAGAAAUUGGUUAAGUUUUUCCAGUGCUGUCCAGAGCAAUUCUUUGAGCACAUAUUGGAACCAUUCUUGAAAAUUAUCACGAAAUCAUCCCGAAUAAAUACAACGUUAGCUGUAAAUGGUUUAACACCAUUGCUCAUUGCAAGGUUGGAUCAUCAAGAUGCUAUAGCUCGUCUUAAUCUUCUUAAACUAAUUAAGUCUGUUUAUGAGCACCACCCACGACCAAAGCAAUUGAUUGUGGAGAAUGAUCUACCACAAAAACUUCAGAAUUUAAUUGAGGAACGCAGAGAUGGGCAGCGUUCUGGAGGCCAAGUUUUGGUGAAGCAGAUGGCUACUUCAUUGCUUAAAGCACUUCACAUUAACACAGUCCUGUAAAUAUUGUAUUCAAGCUUUUCCUCCCUGAUGGAUAUAGUUAAUUCUAUAGGAAGUACUGGUUCUAUCUUCGCUUUCUAGUAAACAUCUUUGUUUUUCUCAGUUACUUUGGUUGCUUUAGUUCCUUAUCUCUAACAUCCAUGGUGUGGGUGCCACAAGAUUAGAAAACCCCUUAAAAGGGUGGCUUUUAUUUUGCGUCAACGAGCUGCCUUGAUUGCUUUUUCUUCUAAGCUUCUAAAUUGCUGGGGAUUCUGUGUUUUCCUCUUUUUUUUCUUUUUUUAAAUUGGAAAUAUGAUGCUGAGUUUGUUUUUUUGUAGUAUAAACUCUUUUUUGUUCAUUGAUGCAAGAGCAUGGGUUGAAUGCCAUUUGAAAU